CGUAUAAAAUCCUCUGUAUUGUACGAAGGGAAGAGAAUAGCCCAUCUGUCACUACAACUAUCCCUUCUACAAACAGCAACCCACCCAUCCACUUCUAAGGGUGGGUGGGUUGAUAAUAAACUGGAGCCAUAAUUUAAUAUAAACAUGAUCUGAUUAUAAUGUCAGUGGUCACGCUUUCUAAGCGCUUUAGUAAGCAACCUUUUUAUUUAUUGCAGGUGCGAUACAGAACUGCAAAUGCAGUGUACACUGUUUAUCUUUAUUGUUAUUUGGUGAAUCACGCUUGGGUUUUUAACGAGGGAGUCAUACAGUUUACGAUGGUCUACUUUGUCUUCGCACCUAAAACAAAAUACCAGUACUACGUGCUGUUCGCGUAUGCUUUUCCUAUCUUGCCACUUGUUGUUUACAUAAUAUGUGCAACUAAAUUGGAUCCAAUAGAGGAAGGGUACUGGCAUGGUGCUGAUUAUUCUUGGGAGAAUAUUGUUUCCGGAAGUGGUUACGUUUUAGUUGGGCUAAAUCUAUUUAUAAUGUCAUAUUUGAUCUACAUUAUUGUGAAGAAAUUGAGAACGGCAAGAAGUCCAAGACACAGAAAGGCUUUAGCAACUGCUCGAUCUUUCACCAUGCUAGUAUUUCUUCUGGGUAUUAUAAACUUGUUUGGAAUUAACUGGAGAGAGCCAGCAGAUUUGCAAGAGAAGGUAAAAAUGAUAUGGGUGUAUUACGCAAGCCGAUUCUUAUUAAACUCACAGGGUUCAUUGGUGUGUCUGUUUUAUGUUUUCCUAAGUCCAGGUGCAUGGAAACAAUUGGCGAAGAAAUUUAGACAGAGGAAGGGACGACAGUUCUCCAGACGUAAAAAUAGUAACGAACCAGGUAAAACGAAUCGAAAUUUGAUUGAAAGUCGAUUACCGCGCAGACUACCAUGUACGACCAACAGUUCAGUGAGUACUCGUGCCUCAAUUGAAAGUGAAGAUUCACAAAAAGAGAUAUGCAAAGAUCUCCAUCAAGAAAAGAGGGAAGCCCCUGUGACACUUAUCGGAAUGGUGGUCAAUAAAACGAAUAUGUAGUAACAAUACUCUUAUAUGCUUUUGAAAUUUGAGAAACGUGUAUGAAAUAAGGAGGGGAAAGUUGGACGUACAUUAAAUGGGACUGGAAAGUUAGUUCGUGCUAAGUACUGAAGUGAGGGAAAUGUAUUUAACUAUUAGUAAAGAUAAAUAUAAUUGUAUUUACAGUUAAUUAUUGGAUAAUUAAAUUAUAAACAAAUGUGCGGUGUU